CUCACUUCAAGCGGGAAUGUCAUCACGAGGAGUUCGAGCGGCGGGUACCGAUGGGACGGACUUCCAAAAUCGGCAGAGGGUCGCACAGCACUACCAGGAGAGCGCUCAAUACAAGUCGAUCCUCAAGUGGUUCUUCGUUCCACACUUCUUGAUCCUGGUCUUCAUGUGGCUCAAGGUUGGCAGCGAACUCCUCCGAACAAAUUUCGGAUGGAAAAACGCGUUCUUCGAUCGACUGGACAUGCCGUCAGCCUACCCAUGGGAGUAUGUGUGGUGCUUCUCAUUCAUUCCGAUCGUCCUCGCCAUCUAUUCGUUCCAACGAAACAAACUCAAGAUCCUCCACUACGCCUACUAUGCCGAGUUCGUCGUCGGAAUCUUCCCAUGCAUGAUCGGGCUUGGAGGACAACUUCCAGAGCUGAUGGAGUAUGCUCAAGACAUGGAGGGAAGCAACACACCGACAUUCAAAGGAAUCUUCCCGAUGGUCAUCAUAUGGUACAUCUUCUUCGCGGUCGCACUCCAGAUUCACGGAUUCUCCAUGUACUUCAUGCAUCACCUUGCCGCCGCAUGGGCUCCAGUCAAGCGAGAUUAAAUUUUCUCCGUUUUGUGAUAUUAUUUUUCAAUUUUCCCCCAUUUGUUGAGUUGUGUACCUUUUCCUUGUUAAUAGUAUUUUUAUUCAAAUUCCUGCUAGUCUCUAUUGCCAAAUUAAUAAUUCCAUAUCUUUU